AUGGUUCUUUCACAAAGGAAUCUCUCUGUACUAAGUUCUGUUGAGACACAUGGUUUCCGCUUCUGCAUGUCUCUUUUGUAUGUUACUCUUUGUGGUGCCUGUCAAUGUUUUCAGGUCUUUGCAAUGCCAGAAACAGCUUUGGGUUUAUUUCCUGAUGUAGGUGCCGCAUAUUUCUUGUCUAGACUGCCUGGCUUUUUUGGAGAAUAUGUUGGUCUUACAGGUGCUAGGUUGAAUGGUGCAGAAAUGCUUGCUUGUGGUCUUGCAACGCAUUUUGUUCCUUCAUCGAAAUUGUCUUUAUUGGAAGAAGCAUUGUGCAAAGUGGAAACUAGUGAUCCAAAUGCAGUGUCUGCAGUUAUCAAUGAGUACUCGGAGCAACCUUUCAUAAAAGACAAUAGUAUUUAUCACAGGAUGGAUGCGAUCAACAAGUGCUUCUCAAGAAAAUCAAUGGAGGGAAUAAUAUCUGCUCUUGAGAUGGAAGCUAUGGGCAAGGCAGAUCAUUGGAUUUCUGAAACUGUUCAAACCUUAAAGAAAGCAUCUCCAACAAGCCUUAAAAUAUUUCUUAGAUUGAUUAGAGAAGUCAGACUCCUAGGUAUUGGUCCAUGCCUUGUUCUUGAAUAUAGAAUUGUAUGUCAUAUUCUAAAAGGACACUACAGCAAGGAUUUCUUUGAGGGUUGUAGGGCUAUACUGAUAGAUAAAGACAGGAACCCAAAGUGGGAACCUUCCAAAUUGGAGCUUCUUAGUGAUAGUGAUGUUGAUCGUUACUUCUCUAAGCUUCAUGAUGAAGAAUGGGAAGAUUUGCAACUUCCUAAAAGGUUCAAUCUGCCUACAUAUGCUAUUUCAAAGCUGUAA